AUGGCUGAAAUAAUCCUCGCCCCAAUUGGGAAAGAGAUCGUGGGCAAGCUAACCGGCCUAGCUUUGGAGAAAUUGCUCAAGGAGAUUCGCUUGUGGUGGGCUCUGAAGGGGGAGCUCAACAGACUGCUGGAGACCAUGUCAACCAUCAAUGCAGUCUUGCUUGACGCCGAGGAGAAACAAAAACAGGAUCAUCAGGUCAAAGAUUGGCUCAGGAAGCUCUCGGAGGUGAUGUACGACGCGGACGAUUUGCUCGAUGAUUUUGCAACGGAGGCUUCAAGGCGGCAGCAGCAGCAGCAGCAGCAGCAGGAGACUUGUUCGUGCUCCACAGUGGUAUGCCAUGUCGCCUCCCUUUGUAAAAGAUUGUUUUACGAACUUGCGAUGGCCCAUAGUGUCAAGGACGUUAGGAAGAGGCUAGAUGAUAUAGCAGCUGACAGGCAGAUGUUGCGGCUUGAUCCAGAUCGUCGUCUUGAUGAGGAAGGUACUGAUGAUGAUAGGGAGACCAACUCAUCUCCGCCUUCUGUUGUGGUCGGCCGUGACGAUGAUAAGGAGGAAGUCGUUGGCCGUCUGUUGAGCGACGAUGAGGAUGCGUAUGUUCUCCCCAUCGUCGGGAUCGGUGGUUUGGGAAAGUCAACUCUGGCUCAACUCGUAUUUGGGGAUAAACAAAUUAAGUCCCGUUUCGAGGUCAGGGUGUGGGUGUACGUCUCCCAGGAUUUCUCUGUCAAGAACCUUGUCAGGAAGAUUCUGGAGAGUGUAACCAAUGAAUCAAUAGAGAAGCAGGAAGAUGGUCAGCUGGAGAUGAUGAAAGAUCGCCUGCGUAAAACGAUACGUGGUCGCAAGUACCUGAUUGUAUUGGAUGAUGUGUGGAAUGAGGAUAAUCGGAAGUGGAGGGAGCUGGAGACGUGCCUGGGUUUGUGUCCCGGUACCGGUAACAGGGUGCUACUUACCACUCGGUCUGGAGCAGUCGCAGCAGCUGCUACCGCUAGAAAGCCACAUUUCUUGCGCGGCAUAUCGGUCGACCAGUCAUGGGAAUUGAUGGUGAAGAUGGUGUUUGAGGGGCAAGAGCCAAUAAGCAAGGAAGUUGUCGGAAUUGGCAAGGCUAUUGCAGAUAAGUGCGGUGGAGUUCCCUUGGCCGUCAAUACAAUUGGAAGCUUGUUACGCUUCAAAGAUCCUGAAACCGAGUGGUCAUUCUUCUUGGAAAACGAGCUCUGCAGUAUACCAGAAGGCGAGAAGUACAUACUGACAAACCUUCGGUUGAGUUACAACCAUCUCCCUCGACAUCUCAAGAUUUGCUUUGCUUACUGCCGACUGUUCCCCAAGGGCUACCGGAUCAAGGUUCGUACACUCAUUCAACUCUGGAUUGCGCAGGGGUUUGUUGAGUCGGCCGGAAUGAAUCACGAAGCUGAAGGGAUGAACUACUUUCAGAAGCUUUGGUGGGGUUCAUUCUUCCAAGAGGUGGAAAGAGAUCAGUUUGGCAAUGUAGAGACCUGCAAAAUGCACGAUCUUAUGCAUGAUUUGGCGACUUCGAUAACUGAUGACAGUAUCGUUGUUAUGGAUCACAUUGAUGGCGGUAAGGCUACUGUCACUCCGCGGACUCGUCAUGUGUCAUUGAGUUUGUUACAUGCAGAUAUUUCGAAUAGACGACCCUUCCAUGAUGAUCAACACUUCCAUCAAACGCCAGGAAGAUCAGCCCCCUGUUACCUACAAGAAGCAAGCCGCCUGCGAACUUUCCUAUUCAUACACUCCGACUACAUCACUAGUAUCACCGGAUGGCUCGAUGGAGAACUGUGUCAAACGUUGCUCCACAGCCUGCAACGUGUGAGAGUGUUGGGAUUGAAGGAAACCCAUCCAUGGGUCAACGAUUACUCUUCCUUAAAAGCGUUCAACGUACUAAACUCCAUCAGCGAGUUGAAGCAAUUGCGGUACAUCGAUUUCGAAUCCGCCUGUAUGACCGAGAUUCCUGCUUCCAUCACCACCCUUGUAAAACUUCAAGUGCUCAACCUGUGUAGCUGUCAGUGGCUUGAACGACUGCCUGGAGACAUAGAGAAGCUGGUCAAUCUGAGGCAUCUUUACUUGGACGGCUGUGACAAACUGACCCACAUGCCAAAGGGGAUCGGGAAGCUUACUUCCCUUCUUACAUUGGACCUAUUCAUUGUGGCAAGUCCGAGUGAGUUUGGUGGUGAGCUGUCCUCUUUCAGCUCCCCUUGUCUGUCUUCACUGACGAUAAUGGGGCCUCACAAGAUGAAGCAGAUGCCUGCAUUCCCAUCCCUUGAUGGUUUUCUGUGUUGGGGCAUCGAUAGCUUUGAUACAUUGUUGCGAAGCGUGGACGUGGCUGGUUAUGAAGGAUCAGCUUCGCUCCCUGUCCCGAUCCAUCCCUUGUGGAAACUGAAGGAGCUCGAGUUGUGCUAUAUGGAUGAUUUUGGAGGUUUGCCAGAGGAGUGGCUGCGCAACCUAGCGAGUCUUGAGACGCUAAGAAUACAUUAUUGUGAUGGGCUGAGGUCUCUGCCACCGGGGAUGCGCCAGCUCAAAUCUUUACAGCGUCUGGAGAUCGAAGAUUGCCACUAUUUGGAAGAUAGGUGUUGGCACGGUGGAGGUUUGGACUGGCCCAAUAUUUGUCACAUUCCCAGUAUAUCGAUACUGCAUUGCCACAUGGAACGUCUGGAAGAACUCAAUUGGUGA